AUGCACUUAGCCAAGACUGUUCCUAAUGUUGAAAAGGAAAAAAGUAGGAACACACGCAAAAGGAAGACGCCUACAAGCAGUGCGCCUACGAGGAGGAAGAUGGUUAAGAAAACUGAGUACCCAUCCAUUCCGGAGAUGUCGGACGGGAUGAGAGAGCGAAUUAUGGAGAUGGGUGGGAGGGAAAUUCAUUUAGUAAUUCAAAAACAAGUUCAACAUACCGAUAUAAGUAAGAACCAUGGUCGACUGUCCCUGCCGAUAAAUAAACUCCGUUUUGAUUUUACGACAGAGGAGGAGAAGAAAUUGCUGGAUGAACAGGAAAACAAAAACAAGAAGGGGAUGAACGUGGUGAUGAUAUAUGAUGUUGGGAGAGAAAGUAUUAUAUGCUUGAAGAAGUGGAAAAUUGGGAGCAGCGAUACGUACUGCUUGAUGACGCAGUGGAAUAAGUUGGUGGAAGAGACUGCAUUGAAAGCGGGGGAACACAUCCAACUGUGGUGCUUCCGUAAGGAUGAGGCUCAACUUUGUUUGGCUAUGGUUAAAUUAGGUAGCUGUUAG